CACCCAGUUUCAAACGCAAUUACUUUCAUACCCCUAAAAAUGGGUGCCCUGUUAAAGCUCGUGGACGCCGUACUCUUCCUCUUCUUCAUCGUAAUCGCGGUGGCGGCGCCGCUGAUCGACGCGCAGACGUGUCUGCCUCAGAGCCUCUUCCCAAGCUUCAUAGUUGAGCUCAAGAGCUGGUACGCGCGUGAGUACGGCGACUAUCUUGUCACCCAGAAGCCUCAUUUCUUCGUUGGGAUCGUCUGGCUUGAGCUACUGUUUCAGUGGCCUCUUGCUCUUGCUAAUCUCUAUGGAAUUUUGGCCUCCAAGUCUUGGUUUAACACCACCUGCUUGAUCUAUGGCGUCUCUGUUAUGACUUCCAUGGUGACUAUACUGUCGGAAAUGAUUCUGUCCGGCAAGGCUUCUGAUAAGCUGUUGUUUAUGUACAUCCCUUUCCUGGGGUUGGGGGUUUUGGCCAUAUUGCGUGGGCUUGUGACACCUUCCAGGACUACUACUUCAAUAAUCGGCAAGAGACCUAUGCUGGGCAGGAAAAAGAAGGUUUGAGUUACACAACUCACUGACUCAGACUUUGUAAUUCUAUUGUCAUUUUGAGAAUUUCGUAUUUGGUCAUAUUUCUAAUCAAAAUUCUUGUUGUGUCUGUGAUCUCACUCUGUUGAUGGAACUAUUUAUAUGAAUGAAAGAUUUCUAGAAAUGGAUUUAUUGGUUUCCAGAAUCCAAUCAAUUUGCUCGUUGUAU